ACACAAAUUAAUUCACAAAUACUUAUACACAUAACAUUAAACUUGGUAAAAAAAAAAUUUGAAAAUCUCGAUCCUCGAAAACUACCGAUUAAUUCUCCUGAUUAAUAUCUAUCCAGAUUAUCAUUUAAUAAAACGUGCAAGAUUUUGCAUCUUACAACAUAAAAAUUAAAAAAUCUGGUUUAAAAAAUAAAAUGGCCGCCUCGUCAUCAUCAUCAUCAUCAUCGCAAUGUAGCCGAUUAUUCGCCAUCAUGGCUAUUGUCGUCAUAAUUUUGAAUGUUACAUUAUUCAUGCCAAUAGUAUCGGCACGUUAUCUACCGACACGAAGUAAUGAUCAAUUGCGACGGCAAGAAAUCAAAGAAAUUUUACGUCUUCUUUUAGAUUUACCCGGUGAUGAAACCAUUUCAUCACAAAGAGAUUCACAAUUAGGAUGGAUGAAUGGAGGCCGUGAAGCAGCAUAUGAUAUGAAUUCAGCAAUACGUGUUGCACGUAAUAUUCAAGGAACUGAUGUUGCUGGAACCGAUUCAAUGAUGGCUAAUAAUCAAAGAUCAAAACGAUCAACAUUAUUAAAAUCUGGUUGAAAAACGAAAAAAAAAUGAACUCACAACAACAACAACAACAAAAAACCAAAACAAAACAAAAUAAUACAUACAAAUAGAUAAAAGUGUUCAAAAACAGUUAUCUAUUAUUAUACUACAACCUUCUUGAAAAAAAAUAAUCAAAUAAUCGAUCAAUAAUUGUGAAUUGACAUCUUCUAGUAGUUUAAUUUAGUAAUGAUGAUAGUUUCUUUUUGCCAUUCUCUCAUUUAUUGUAUUUGUAUUGUUAUUUUUUAUUCCAUUUGCUUCACAAACAAAAUACACACACACAUUGAUGAUGAAAUGUAAAGUUUUUGGAUAAAUAAGAAAAAAUUAAAAAAAAUACAACAAAUUCAAUCAUUUUUUGGAUCAUGAUCAACAUUUGGAUUCCAUGAUUUAAUAAUAAAAUCAAGAAUUAUUGUUAUUCUGAAUACGAUCUUUUAUUCAACAUUCCAAAAAAAAAAUCACAAUAAUAAUUUUCAAACCAGAAAUAAAUGAAUGCUAAAAAAAUA